UGGGUUAAUGACGCAACGAGCAGAAGAAUAUCAGACUUCCUCCUUGCCUUUCAACAAGCUCCAAGCACCGGACAUAGUACCAAGACCGCAUCUCCUCGGCUUUUUGCAUGAUCAAUUCAACCCGACCGACAUCCAUGGACUGUCUGCAUCGGCUGGUGGAAGCGUGGACCGGACCGCCACGAGCAGCGCCGAUCUCAUCCCGAUCGGUGGACCUGCUCCUCCUCGGCACGGGUUGGACGGGAAGCUUCCUGCUGCCGAUAGCAGCAGACGCAGGCUUUCGAACCGCCAGCACGACGAGGGACGGGUCGAAUGGGACCAUCCCGUUCCAUUUCGACCCAGAUGUGGACGGCGAUGAUGAUCUGGAGCAGUAUAUGCGGCUGCCAAACGCUACAACGGUAGUUAUUAUCUUUCCGCUGUAUGACGGAGAGCACAGCAAAAGGCUUGUGCGCAGCUAUGAGCGAACAAGGGAUGAAGAUGUGGCGAGGCCACGUUUCAUCCUGCUUGGAAGCACCGGGAUCUACAACAAUGGGUCGACUCUGCAAGCCAAGAUUGCAUGGGACUCUCCAAAAACAGCGCUGCCGCCGAUGACGGAACUCAAAGGGAAACUCAAGAAGCACCAAAAGACCCCACGGAGUCCAUGGAUCGAUCGCAACUCCGAAUACGACACGACCAACCCGCGGGCAGCGGCUGAAGACGCUUUCCUGGCACUGUCGACCGCCUCGCCUCCAUCGCGAGUCUCCGUGCUCUGCCUGUCCGGGCUGUGGGGUCACGGCAGGUCCCCACGGCGCUUCAUCGCUGCGAUGGCGAGCAGCAAACAGCGGCUGAGAGCACUGGGAAGCCUCAGCCUCGUUCAUGGAAGAGAUGUCGUAAGGGCGAUUCUGGCCAUGCAUAGCUUAUGGGCGCGUGCGGAAGGCCAGCGGUGGGUGCUGACGAAUGACAGAUACUAUGACUUUUGGGACCUUGCCUCACGCUGGGGUGGCGCAGGCGAAGCAGGGCGCAAUCAUCCUCCGCGUGGCCCACAGGGCAAGUGGGUACAAGAGCUGAUGGCAGAAAGCCAGCAGCAAGAGUCAACGAACAAUCUCGUUGAGGGGCUUGACGAAGAUGAAAACACCAUUGCGGACAAAGGUGCUGGGCUCGUUCAAGGCCCUUACUCGUCCACGGGAGCCGUACGCGCUCUGCCCCGUACACCAGAACAAUGCGGCGAGGCGCUGGACUCAUCCGAGUUUUGGAGGACGUUCGAUCUAGUCCCUGCGGUCCCUUGGGUAGACUGACGCGCAUAAUGGCACAUAUGCAGCUGAACCUACGCGUCAACGCCCGAGAAACACAUAUUUCUUUGGAUCCUAUCGAAAGUUCCCUUGCUGCCGGAUGCGAUUCCAUCUCUUUUGUAAGAUGAUAACACGCAUGUUAGCAGUAAUGUACAGACUUAAAGGCAGCCGUCUUUUCUUUGAC